AUGCUUUAUCCUCAAUACUUGCCUACUUCUCAACAAUAUCAAGAACCCAAUAAUGAUGAUUAUUCAAUGCUAAAAAAUCAUCACCCAAAGCCAACAUUGGUCUUAUACAAUCAUCUUCCGAAUCAAAUUACUCCUUUGGGACAUCCAAAUCGUUCUUGCGCAAGUUGUAAGAAAAGAAAAGUUAAAUGCGAUAGAAAAACUCCUUCUUGCACCGCUUGUCAAAAGUCAAAAUACAAAUGUCAUUAUACUUCUUAUUCACCACCUGUUUUCAACGGAAAUCCGAAAUUACCACGUCUAAUUGUUUCUUUUGUUCCUAAGUGUUGUGACCCCGAUUAUUACUCAACCCUUGGUUUCGCUCCACAACAACAUCAAGAACCUUAUUAUUUGGAGGAUGAUAUUUAUAAUAAUUUUAAUAAUCCAAUGAUCACCACACCUUCCGAAAAACUUAUUUUGCCAACAACGCCGGUGGAACAACAAUCUCACUUAUCACCUUGUCAACAACAACAAUUCUCUCAUCAUAAUCAAGUUCAACAAGAAUUUUAUCAUAGUCCUAAUUCUUACCCCAUUUCACCACAAUAUCAACAUACUCAGCAUGUGCAACAUACACAAGCACAAUCGCCCUUCAUGAACUCGAAUGUUAUGAUUCAACAAGUUAUGGGAAGUUAUGUUCCAUACAUGCAAGCAACUGUUACUUUGAGUUACAACUUGAAUGGAAUGCAUAUUGCUCAUUUACAAGAAUGGCUUAAAUAUAAAUUUAUGAAACAAGAAUGGAAUGAUGAAACAGAUAAUAUAUGCGUUAUUGAUCCUGACGAGAAAUUUGAAAUUAUGGAAUCUCCUCUUUCACCACAAAACAUCAAUAACUUUUCUAUUCAACAAAAAUUUACGGUUAUCCUUCAUAGACCUGAAUAUUCUUCCUCACCAAUAACAACUAACAAUAGUGAUCAUGAUGAUUUUGAACAUAGUCAAUAUAGUGGAGAAGAUGAUACUACGGAUUUAGAUAGUCAUGCAUCCUAUAAUAGUAAUAUAGGAGGUGAAGGUAGUAAUAGAAGUAGUAUGGUACUUGAAGUUGAUCAUACAGAUAUAUUCUUUAACAAAGUUUACGCCUUCGUAAGACGAUUUAUUAAAAAUGUACCAUGGAUACGAGAAAAUUUCGCAAUGCAUCUAAGGCCACGUGGUAUUAAUGGAAUUCCUUCUCCGAUGGGAUUUGGAUUUAGUGAGGUAGCAUUUUCUGAUGUAACGGUGGAAGUAAGAAGAAAUAAUUCGUUACCAUCAACUCCUUAUACAAACAGAAAAUUUAAUAAUCCUGACGAAAUAGUAGCUAAAGGGCGAAUGAUUGUCUCAUAA